GGAUGGCAUGCCAAGAUGCUGAUUGGCUAAGUGUUAAAGACAUUUCCAUAUACAGAUUGGAAAAUAACCAAAACUUCAACCGCAUGGGAAUGAAACUUCAGCGCCAUUAUUGAACCUGAGAGUUUUAUCAGCUUAGAUUUGUUUUGAUAAAUGGUAAUGCUUUAUGGAGAGAUUAUAGUGAUAAAGAGAAGUGGUGUAGAUGGAGCACAUUUUCUUUUAACUGUUAAAGACUGUUUGUUAGGAAGGGGCAAAGAUUGUGAUAUUAUAAUUAAGCUUCCAAAUGUUUCUGCAGAACAUUGUAGAAUUCAUGUAUCAGACAAUAAACAGGUUUUUUUGACAAACUUGAGUAUAGAUAAUCCCGUCGUGGUCAACUCUUCAUAUUUUGACAAACCAGUAAAAUUGAAUCAUGGAGAUGUAUUCACCAUCAUAGACCGAUCUUUUCGCUUUGAUGAAACAGAGGAAUCAAUGCAGAGCAAGUUAAGAAAUCCAGAUAAAGAUUUGAAUUUGAACAGACCAUUAAUCAGGAUAGAUGAUGCAUCAAAGUCUUUGAAAAGUAAAAGUCAAAAGAAGUCAAAAGAAGAAGUGAAGUCUAGAAGCAAAAGACGUCGUAUGCUGAAGAAACAAAAAUAUUGGAAACGAAGAGAAAAAGAAUGGGAAAAUGACAAUAUAGAUGAAGUAGUUGAAAAUGAGAAUAGACAAAUAGGAGAAACAAAAGGAAAAAAUAGUGUAGAUAGCUUUUAUGUGGACAUGUUUAAAGAUCCACUAUUUUCGAAAAUGGUCACAUACCAAAAGGCUAAGAGAUUAUCCUUAGCUUUGAAAGAAAACGGACAGAAAAAUAAUGAUAUUUUAGAAUAGAUUUGGAUUUAUAUAUAGUUUUAUAUAGCAAAUGUUUAAAAUUUGUUCAUUUUAUAUAUAUUAGCUCAUAAUCAAA